GGUUCUAAAAAUAAUUGUAAAAUUGAUUUAUUUUCGGCUAGGUUUUUAGAGAGAAAAACAGAGAGAAGCUACUUUUACAUCGCCGAUUCUCCACCUUCGUCGCCGCCGCUGCCGCUGCCAAUCCCGUCGGCCAUUAACUCCUCUUCUGCGUCCAAGGCUGUGUGUUGGGGAGAGUGGUAUGGUGUCUGUUGGUUUUAAAGCAUUGCCAUUGAGAAACAAUAAGUCACAUAAUUCAUCUCAGAACGGCUUGAUUACCGACGAAGGUAAAUCUUCAUUUACACAGAGGAGAAUGGGCAGGAAAGGAAGCAAGAAAGAUAGUGGAUUUCACAGGAACGAUUCAAACAAAAAUGAAUCUGGUGGUGGACCAGGUGCAAUGGGAAGUGCUCGGAAAUUUUCACAGAACAACGGAGGUUCAGAAUCUCAAGCGUCGUUUGUUAGAAAGCAGGUUGAUCCAGAGACAGCGAAGUACUUCUCAGAGAUUACAAAUGUAAUAGAAGGUACAGAGGUGGACGUGGAGGAGCGAUCUGUUAUAUGUGGUACUGCAUUGGAAGAAGCCAGAGGCAAAGAAGUGGAGCUGGCAACUGAUUAUAUUAUUAGCCACACUAUGCAAACACUUCUUGAAGGCUGCACUUUGGAUCGGCUUUGUGCUUUUCUUCGAAGCUCUGCAGACGAAUUUUCUCAGAUUUGUAUGGAUAGAUCCGGUUCCCAUGUGGCAGAAACGGCCCUCAAGUCUUUGGCCAGGCACCUUGAGGAUGACGAGAGCCACUCUAUCAUCGAAGAGACAUUAUCCGUAUUAUGCGAGGCAAUUGUAGCUAAUCCUGCUGAAAUAAUGUGCAAUUGUUAUGGAUCUCAUGUCCUGCGGAGACUUCUUUGUCUCUGUAAAGGAGUUCCCAUGGACUCGUUGGAAUUUCAUAGCACAAACCCCUCUGUCGUGCUGGCAGAACGUUUGAAUUUGCGAUCAUCUCACGUAGACAGUCUUAACACACCACAGAACCAGCCAUUCCCAGAUCAACUAAAAUUUCUCAUAUCAGAAAUGGUCGAUCCUUCAAGGGCAGACAUUGCAAUCCUACAAACUAAUCAAUAUAGUAGUUUGGUUCUGCAGGCAAGAAUUUGCCAUGGUUCCAUUUUAUUGCACAGGAACGGUGCUGACAUCGUAUCAUAUGCAACUGCGUUGAAAUUAUUAGCUGGACAAGAGGAGGAUCUGUUCCGUUUAAUUCCCAUUCUCCUUGGCUGCCCUACUGAUGCUGCAUCAGAAGAAAGCUUCAUAGAAGUUAAGACAGCUAAAAAGGUUCGGCGUUUAGUGGAAGAAAAUGCAUACAGUCAUUUGAUGGAGGUCAUCUUGGCAGUGGCCCCUGAUACAGUUUACAAUGACAUAUUCACAAAAGUCUUCAAAAACUCUUUAUUUAGAUUGUCGUCACAUUUCUGUGGAAACUUUGUCAUACAAGCAUUGAUAUCUCAUGCAAGAAGUAAAGAACAUAUAAAGUUGAUAUUUGAGGAACUGGGGCCAAAAUUUAGAGAUCUUCUCGAGUUGGGAAGGGCGGGAGUUGUGGCGGCUCUUGUUGCUGCCAGUCAAAGAGUUCAGGAAAAUCAGCAUGAGUGUUGUCUAGCCCUUGCUGAUGCUGUUUGUUCAAGAGACGAGUCUUCUGCGUGCAUUAUUCCACGGCUAUUAUUUCUCGACAAUUACCUCUAUUCGGCAGAUAAAGAAAACUGGAGUUGGCCAAGUGGUUUUAAAAUGCAUGUUUUGGGCUCUUUAAUGUUGCAGACGGUUUUCAAGUAUCCUAGUGAAUUCAUAAAAGCAUAUAUCACCAGCAUCACAUCUUUAGAGGAUAAACAUGUUCUAGAAGCAGUAAAAGAUCCCGCAGGGUCCCGUGUUGUUGAGGCUUUUCUCGUUUCAAGCAUCUCCGCUAAGCAAAAGUACAAGAUAGUUGCCAAGCUUCGGGGACAUUUUGGAGAGCUUGCUGUUCUUCCAUCGGGCACAUUUACCAUCGAGAAGUGCUUCAACGCCUGCAACUUGUCUAUGAAGGAAACAAUUGUAACGGAACUGUUACCUUUCCAAGCAGAACUGUCUAAGAGUAGACAGGGCCCGUAUCUCUUGAAGAAACUUGAUGUUGAGGGAUUUGCAAGACGACCAGAGCAAUGGAGAUCCAGACUAACCUCCAAACAAUCCGUCUUCAAUGAAUUCUACGAAGCAUUUGGACAAAAGGAUGCCAAAUCUUCUCGCGCCGGAAACUUUCUUUCUGAUUCUUAUAAAAACACUCAAGCGGAAAAGUUCAAAGGCACGAGGAAAGAAAUAGAUGAUGGCCUUUCUUCCGGAUUUGUUUCCAAAUCUGGCACUCCCUUUCUGGCUCACCAGGGGUCUACCAAACCGAAAAAAUCAGGGGAUCAGAAAUCGAAAACCCGAGGUUUCCCUCAAGACAAUGACGAUUUCUCGAAAAGCAAAAGCAAAAAGCUUAAAACGUCAGCAGAUGGAGACAGUGCUAAGAAUGAGAAGAAACGGCGCAAGAAAGAUGGAUCGUCAGAAUCUUCUAACAAGAAGCUGAAGGCUGGGAUCAGUGAUUAACUCAAUCAAUCUAAUCUUUAAAGAUAUGGAUGGUUCUCACAAUUUUGUUUUAUUAAUUUCACAUUUUGUACUCUCUUUUUUUGUCACAUCGAAGAAAUGGAAUCAAACUAGAUGAAAGCUCUUUUA